CUUUUAAGUCACAACCAACCAAAUUUAAUUAUGUAGCUCUCACUCACUCUUAAUAAAACACGUAUUUUUUUUCUUGCUCAGUUUUUCAUCAUGGAUGAAGAAUCAAUCUUGUUUGGCAUUCGCAACCUCUUCGCGCUUGGAAAUUAUCAAACUGUCAUAAAUGAAGUCAGUUCAACCAAAGGCAUUUACUCGCCAGAGGCCAAACUAGAGGCACAGACUUAUCUGUAUCGCUCUUAUGUGGCUCAAGGCAAAUACAACUUGGUCAUCAAUGAUAUUGGUUCUGCUGAAGAAGCACCUUUAAAGGCCAUCAAGCUGCUUGCUUCAUUUUUGUCUGAUAAACAAAAGAAUGUAGAUGAACAUGUACAAAAGGCUAUGGCUUUACUUGAAGAAGGCUCCAAUCGCAUCAACUCUGUUGUUCAAGUCGUCAUUGCUUCCAUUUUGGUACAAGCAGGUCGUUUUGAAGAUGCUCUGAGAGUUCUUCACUCUAGACAAAAGAAAUUGGAAUGUUCUGCUUUAGCUGUACAAAUUUAUCUUCAACUAGACCGUUUAGACUUGGCUAGAAAUGAAGUUGCAAGUGUCAAGAGUUGGGCUGAAGAUGCUUUAUUAUUACAAAUGAUGGAAGCUUGGGUAGAUCUUCGAAUUGGAGGAGAGAAAUAUCAAGAAGCAUACUAUAUCUAUGAAGAAUUUGCUCAAUCAAACACAGCUCAGACAGUGAAAGUGUUGAAUGGUCAAGCUGCAGCGAACCUCGCAUUAGGUAGAUACCCUGAAGCAGAGAGUCUACUAUUAGAAGCACAGAAUAAGGAUAGUGAUAACCCAGAGACACUUAUUAAUCUGAUCACAUGUGCUACUUUAACUGGAAAAUCUCAAGAAGUGAUCACCCGCUAUACUAGUCAAUUGAGAGAAGUCGCGCCACAACAUCCUUAUUUGCAGGAACUUGAUUUAAAGUCGAGUCUAUUUGACCGUUGUGCAUCUCGUUACGCUUUGGUGGAUUCUGCGUAAUUUCUGAAUAAAAAAUCGUUCAAAUUAUGUUGAAAGUGUCAAUGUGAGACUAUACAAAAGCUUUUCUUUUAUAAUUAAAGACACAGCAAGUUGUUCAAAUGCAUCAAACACUAUAUAUAAAUCAGUCUUUUUGCUAUGGUGUUCAAAAACUUUACUUGUAAAAGGGGAUUGCUCUAAUCCACCUUUUAGCGUGAAUACUAUUCCAUCCCCUUGAUCAUCAUAUUGCUUAUAACUACUGCUUUGUGAUAUGAUGAUUCAACCCUAUUUCGAAAAACUAUACUCAGAAAUCAUAUAUAUUGAUAAUAUGCUCCUCUUGUAGCCUCAAUAGCUUAGCCUAAUGUGGCCCAUAAUCAUAUAAUUUAACUUUUAAUAAAACACUCGUUUGCC